UUUUUUUUUUUUUUUUUAAAUGUACAUUGAAAGGCAAUAACAUGCAAAAUUAAUAAACUGUUAAUUAAUAUUUUAACUUUUAUAUAUCCAGAAGUGAUUUUAUUUAUUAAUUUAUAUAUAGUGGAUGGAUGUACCAAGAUGCAUAGAAAAUAUGCUAGUUUUAGUUAGCCUAGACGUUGCAUCAGUUUCUGGUACACUCUUCUUAACAGAAACCAACUCCUACGGUACCUCCAGACUCGAUCUCCUCCUAUAUAUCAAUCUCACCAUCAAAGACCACAAGACCUUCCUUCUCCCUCUCCCUCUCCUUUUUCUUUAUAACUUUUUCAUCUCCAACUCCAACUCCUACUCCUACCUACACUUUCUUCACAAUGUGCAGCCGCGGUCAUUGGAGGCCCUCGGAGGACCAGAAGCUCCGGCAACUCGUUGAACAGUACGGACCUCAUAACUGGAACGCCAUAGCUGAAAAGCUCCAAGGCAGAUCAGGAAAAAGUUGUAGGUUAAGAUGGUUCAACCAACUGGAUCCAAAGAUCAACCGAACGCCGUUCACGGAGGAGGAAGAGGAACGGCUUCUAGCUUAUCAUCGUGAAUUUGGAAACCGAUGGGCUAACAUCGCCAAGCUUUUCCCUGGUCGAACUGAUAACGCUGUGAAGAACCAUUGGCAUGUGAUCAUGGCUCGAAGGGUUAGAGAAAAGUCAACAAGGAUGCAUGGCCUCCUGAGAACCAAUAAUGCUGCUACUCAUCAUCAUCAUGCAUUUACGGACAGAUAUCCUUAUUUCCCUUAUGAGCUUUCAAGAAAUCUUGCAUCACAUCUACAACUCUCCAUGAAUCUGAUUCAUCAAUUCAAGAUAAAUGAAGAUAAACGAGAUCAACGGGUGGAGUUUUACAAUUUUCUCCCUGUAAAUACGGACUCUAACGGGAGUGAAGUAAUCGAUCAUGCAAAAAAAGAAGAGGUCGAGGUGGAGCAAGAAGCACCCGAACAAAAAAGGAGAGACAUUCACGUUGUACCAUUCAUAGAUUUCUUAUCAGUCGAUAAAAGUUCAUCAAGACACUAAUCAGGAUGCAUGGUUAACCACGAUGUUGAUCAGUUCAUGACUCACAUAGUUUAUGUAUCAUAAAAGAAUAUACGUUCGAUAUUCUAGGAGAUGAUACUUACAUGUAUUCUUAGAUUAUCAUUAAGUUCUCUUGAUCAUCAAUAGACAAGAGCUAGCAAUGUAUGCAUUGACUUCCAACAACACAAAAGAUUAUUACAAGUUGUAACAUAUAUAUACUGGAUUAUGGACUAAACACUAUUCA